UCAGUCCAGUAAGCGCCCAGUAAAACCGGAACUGACGUCACCACCCCGCUCAUUCUCUGAAAUCUAGAACUUGUGCGGAGAGUACGGAUAGGCGUGACGUAAAAUAAUCUCGCCGUAUCCACGGCGCGUUACUAAGGGAAAAGAGUCGCUCUUUUUUGUCGUUUCUUUCACUCCAGCAAAUCCCUGCAAACUUCCUGCGGCGCCAAUAGAGGAGAGGGAACUAUGAGAGAAUGGUGCGGAGAGUGUGAAGAAAUAGCGCAAAGCCUGAAGGAGAAGUGGAGCUUUUCGUGCUGAACAGGGCUCUUUGCUAAACCCUGUGGUGCUUACAGCUUCAUGGCAUUUUAAAAACUUUAUCCUGGUUGAAUGCCUCUGGCAAAUGGGCAUUGGUGUAAAGUCACUGGAACCUGUAUGUUCUCCAUGAUAGAGCCUCCCACAUCAUGGCUGCUCUUCCACAAAAUAAUCUUCAGAAGCAGCUAGAACUUUUCUCUGCAAAGGGAACUGCCAACAAGCUUUCUCUUCAGAAACCAAAAUCCAGUGUUUUUACCUUUAAAAAGAAAUGUUCUCCAAAUGGUUCAUUGUCAACUGGCUUCGUUGAAGUUAAGCAAAAUGUUGCUUUAAAGGACAAAAAUGUGAAUGUGAAACAAAAUGAUGUCCAAACAAACCUCACAGUUUUGCCAAAAUCUGCAGAACGCAAUAAAAUAAAUGGAUUUUUCACCCCGGUCUACACAAAGUCCACACAGCUGCCACAGACAGUGGCAGUGAAGGACCACGUCCAUAUCAAUGACUCUGCAAACAAGCACCCAAGAGUGGAGGAUUCUGCAUCCAAGAAAACAGGGAUUAAUACCUCCUUUGGUUCUGUUACCAGUUUGGAGGAAUGGGAUGAUCUCGAUGAUUUUGACACAUCUGUGUCUCCCCCCAAGAGUCAGGCUGGCAAAAUAAAAAUAACUCCUCAAAAUUGCAAGAACACAUCUCCUGUUUCUUCUAAAAUUCAGUGUCUGAGCCCUAAAGGGCCAACCAUUGAAAAGCAGAUGUGUGCCAAGAAACCAUAUGAGAAUAAUGAGAUCGCUUCUGAGCCACAAAAACUUGUGCAUGCUCAAACAGCAGAAAUGCCAGACAAAUCAUUAGUUUGUUUGGGGUCUGUGGAACAUACAAAUUUAGGCAGUGCAGAGAAAGACACAUGUAGGAACAUUGAUUAUUCAGGAACUGAUGAUAUAGAACAUGAUCAAGAGACGCUUUCACAGGCACUUAUUGAAAAUGAAGAUGAUUGUGAACCUGAUUUUAUUCCCCCAUCCCCAUCAGAUGAAAGUCUGUCCUCUCCUCCGGUUUUAAGAGUAAUUGGUGCACAAAGGAAACACAAAGUCUCUUCUGUAACAGAUGUAAAUGACUGUGAAAAUACAGCUGAUCACCUGCAGAGCCAAUGUGUCUCUUCUUCACUUGAUUCCAAAGUGCCUUCUCAUCUUUUGAGUGUGAUGCUUGAAAUCUGUGACUUGGUUGACAAGAUUCCAAUAUCAGAGCUACACGUGCUGUCUUGUGGGAUGGACCUCAAGAAAAAAAGGGACAUGCGGAAGCGCCUCUUGUUAAAUAACUCUGUGUUAAGAUCAUCUCCUGCUGACAGCUCAACAGUAUCUUUGACUUCCUGUCCAUCCCAAAAUAUGGAAUUUGAUGUUAGUGCUCCCAAGGAUGCAGAAAGUUUCUCUGGAUCUUCUGUGAACAAAAUCUUUAAAUUCAAUAAAUUGGUUGCAGACGAGUUUGGCACAAAGGGAAAUGAUAGGGCUUCUGAUUUUGCUCCCAAUUUCAGGGAGAAAAUGGAGAAUAAAACCUCCUUCUCUCUCCAGGCUGGAGGAGAUUCAGUGAUGGAAGACUCCUUCAGUUUUCAGAGCAAUGUUCUUAGCACCAGCCAGUUUAAUACCCCACAAAAUGAGAAGCCAGUCUCAUCUAGCACCUGCGCCAGACCCAUCAGUCAGCCUAUAGAUGACAUGGAUAACCCUGAUCUUGACUUUGAUAUUGAUAACUUUGAUAUUGAGGACUUUGAUGAUCAGCUCAUGGACAGCCCUGCAGCUCCUCCUGUUUCCAGCAAAAAUGCUCCACAGUACCCAACAAUAUGUGAGACACAGUUUGAUUCUGGAAGUAAAGAGAAAGUUACACGUCAUAAUGUCGGUGACAAAACUAACACAGAGUUAUCAGACUCCCUACUAAAGCCACAGAUAGUGAACCCAGCCCUUGAACGAUUCAAAAGCUUUAACUUUCCUCACUCCAAGGAAAUGAUGAAGAUUUUUCACAAGAAAUUUGGUUUGCAUCGGUUCCGGACGAACCAGCUAGAAGCAAUUAAUGCAUGCUUGCUUGGGGAAGACUGCUUCAUUCUUAUGCCAACAGGUGGUGGGAAAAGUCUAUGCUACCAACUGCCAGGCUGUGUAUCCCCAGGAGUCACAAUUGUCAUCUCUCCCCUCCGGUCCCUGAUUGUAGAUCAGGUUCAAAAGCUCACCUCUUUGGAUAUUCCAGCUACAUAUCUCACUGGAGAUAAGACAGAUGCUGAAGCUGCUAGUAUUUAUUUGCAACUCUCUAAGAAAGACCCUAUCAUUAAACUUCUCUAUGUCACUCCAGAAAAGGUCUGUGCAAGUACCAGGCUAAUAUCAACCAUGGAAAAUCUAUAUGAGCGUCAGUUGCUGGCACGAUUUGUCAUCGAUGAGGCUCACUGUGUCAGUCAGUGGGGCCAUGAUUUCCGGCCAGACUACAAGCGUCUGAACAUGCUACGCCAGAAGUUUCAGUCUGUACCAAUGAUGGCUCUCACAGCAACUGCAAACCCCCGUGUACAGAAGGAUAUUCUUAAUCAACUAAAGAUGACCAAACCUCAAAUAUUUACAAUGAGCUUUAACCGAGACAACCUAAAAUAUGACGUACUUCCAAAAAAACCCAAGAGGGUGGCAUUGGACUGUGUGGAGUGGAUCAAGAAAUAUCACCCAAAUGAUUCCGGAAUCAUUUAUUGUCUGUCACGACAUGAGUGUGAUACAAUGGCAGAUACCCUGCAGAAGGGGGGCCUUGCUGCACUUGCAUAUCAUGCAGGACUAGCUGACUCUAACAGAGAUUAUGUACAGCAUAAGUGGAUAAACCAAGAUGAUUGCCAGGUAAUCUGUGCUACCAUUGCCUUUGGAAUGGGCAUUGAUAAGCCAGAUGUGAGGUAUGUCAUUCAUGCUUCUCUACCAAAGUCUGUGGAGGGAUAUUACCAGGAGUCAGGGAGAGCUGGCCGAGACGGGGAAAUAUCCCACUGCCUCCUGUUCUACAGCUACAGUGAUGUAACAAGAAUUCGUAGGCUAAUACAAAUGGAGAAAGAUGGAAACAGCCAUACAAAACAGACACAUUUUAACAACCUAUACAGUAUGGUCCACUACUGUGAAAAUGUAGUGGAGUGUCGCAGGAUGCAACUCCUGGCUUAUUUUGGUGAAAAUAAUUUUAAUCCAAACUUCUGCAAAGAGAACACACGAGUCAGUUGUGAUAACUGUCUUGGGAGGAAGGAGUUCAAAUCCAGAAAUGUGACCGAUGAUGUGAGAAACAUUGUGAGAUUUGUGCAAGAAAAUUGCUCUUCAGCACGUGGCAAGGGUAGAAGCAACAGCAGUCGACUGACCCUUAACAUGAUGGUAGAUAUAUUCCUAGGUUCUAAGUCUGCAAAAAUCCAAACUGGGCUAUUUGGGAAAGGAGCUGCUUAUUCACGGCACAAUGCAGAACGUCUCUUCCGGAAGUUAGUCCUGGACAGGAUAUUAGAUGAAGAGCUUUACAUUACUGCCAAUGAUCAGGCUGUGGCCUAUGUAAAAACAGGAGAGCGGGCGCAGGCUGUGCUAAAUGGAUUCUUGACGGUUGAGUUCCAAGACACCGAAAAUGCCUCCAGCCUCAGAAAGCAAAAGGCAUCAGUUGUCGCUAAUACGUCCCAAAGGGAAGAAAUGGUCAAGAAGUGCCAGGCAGAGCUCACAGAACUCUGUAAACGCCUGGGCAAAAUAUUUGGAGUUCAUUACUUCAACAUCUUCAACACGGCCACAAUACGGAGAAUUGCAGAAUCACUAUCUCCUGAGCCUGAUGUGUUACUUCAGAUUGAUGGUGUUACAGAGGAUAAGUUGGAGAAAUAUGGUGCAGAGCUAAUUGAUGUUUUACAGAAAUAUUCUGAGUGGACACUUCCAGUGGAAGAUAUUCACCAAAAAUCUAGUGGGCCUGCCAAUUUCUCUGCAAGGAGAUAUGAUAGUGAUGAUGAUGAUGAUGAUGAUGGUGAGAGAGGUGAAAAGUCGUCUUACUUCAGCACCAAGAGUAAUAAAGGUACAAAGCGGAAGAAUGCCCCCACCUUUAGGAAGUCCAAAAAACGAAAGACUGGAGGAGAUGGUCAGCAGUCCCAUCCCAAGAAUGCGACAGGUUCAUUUUCUAGGAAUAAUUCUACUGCCAAAACAUCUAGUAGCUACUACAGUGGUUCAAAGACAGGAGCUGAUAAAAGACCUGGAUUUAUGGCACCACCAUUGCCUCAGCCCAACAGACGCUUCCUUAAACCAUCCUACACUCUGUUUUGACCUUCUAUAUAUUAUGUUGGACUGACAAAACUAUCUGUAUAUUAUGUAUAAUAUAUAAAUAUAUAUAUAUUUGUUGGGUUUCUAUGUGUUUUUUAAUUGAAAGAAAUACAGUUAUAAAUAAAUAAUCUUUAACUUGUUUAAGAAGU